AUGGUCAUCAACCCCUCGCGUCGCACCACCACCUCACCACCACGCGUCAAGAAACCAGUCCCCAAUUGGCACCUUCUCGUCCGCCCCGCAAUGUUCGACUCCAAUCCUCGGAAAUCCAAUCUCGAAAAGGCCAUGGACGAAGAACUCGCAGAACUCCGGAUCGUCAUGGACCAUGCGCUAAACAAUCGCAUGACAGAAGCCGAGGCCCUUCUCAGAGGACGCCAUAAACCGGAAUCGAUGUAUUAUCAGUUUGGAAAGGCGCUUGUGGAUGCGUUGAGAGCGAUUCUGACGUUCCAUCCGGAUGAGAUUGAGAAGGCGAUGAAGAGUUUUGAUUUGACGUUGAAGGUUGCGGAUAAGCAGCGGAAGGCGGCGAGUUCGAUUGUGGGACUUGGGACGGUCAAGGCUUUGGGGUCUUGGGUUAUUGGGUCGAUUGGCGCUGGAAGCUUUCGGGGCAUGACCAGGAUCGAGAAGCAUGCCGAACUGAUAUACGCCGAGGCGACGGUUCUGCGCGCAGGAUUCAGUGUGCUCUACCACCAGGACUUCUUCUCACUCCUCGAAGAAACCGUUUCCCUCCGUUCAGCAUUCGCAAUCUUCAACGGCCUCAAAUCCUACAUCGACGCGACCGAGGCCGAACUCAAGGCUGGUGGCGAUAUCUCGGAACACCAUAUCGACGAACAUCUGGUCACGGGGCUUAUCUUUGCAUCCUCGCUGUUCAACAUUGCCAUCUCUUUCCUGCCCGACGCUAUCAUCUCCCUUCUGCAGUUUGUGGGGUUCCCUUCGGAUAGGGAUUGGGGGCUGGAGUUGUUAAACACUGCAGGGAUGUGGGACCCCCGAGCUGGGGACGAUUCACCGUUCGAGUUUCAGGAAAGACUGGAGUCUGAUAACAACGAGGGGAUGCGUCGUCAGAUCUGUGAUAUCACACCCAUCGCGAUUCACCUCAUCGCGGCGUCGUUCUUGCCCUUUCGACAUGUGGACUAUUCCUUCGCCGAGCGGAUCAACAACUACAACCUACACAAGUACCCGGACUCGAUGGUGUUCAACUUCCUAAGGGCGCGACAUGCCCAGGUGAACACGAGGUUGGAGGAGGCGAUUGCGAUUUAUGAGUCGAUUGAAGCCCAGCCCGAGUGGAGGAACUUGAAGCAUGCUUGUGUAUUCGAGCAGCUCAUGUGUGCCAUGAUGGAGAGCGAUUAUGAUCUGGCGUGUACAAAGUCAAGGGUCUUGUUGAGGGAGAGUAAUUGGACAAAGACGAUUUUUCGGUACCUGGCUGCUAUCACGACGUUGAGGCGUGGGCUACCAAAGGAGGCGAAGCGAGUUGAGGAGUUGAUGCGCAAGGUUGAACCAGGCAAGCAAAAGUUCUGUGGUGUCGAGGUCUUCCCCGAGACAUUCUGCGCAAGGAAGGCAAACAGAUACCUCAACGAAAACAACCGCCUCCUUCUCCCCGACUACGACUUCCUCGUCCUCUGGAACGGCUUUGACAUGAUGCCCUUAAAAUCCCUCCGCGUGGCACUCUCCAACAUCAUGCUCGAAGUCCAACGUCUCGACGACCUCCUCCCCGCAUCGAUGCUCGCAAUCUCAGAAUCCCCCCUCCCCAAGGGCGACUAUACCAUCGAAGCCACCAAAGGCCUCUUCUCUACCUUCCGCUCCGGAAUCCAUACCCUCACCCGGGCGGAUAGGGUACGGGGGUAUGAGCACUUUUAUGACGACUAUUGUAUUGCCAACUACUUGUUGGGACUUGUUGCGAAACAGAUUGCGUUCUUUCCAGAGGAAGUGUUUGACCAAGACAUGUGCUCUCUCUCCGUAAGGUCGUUCAAGACCGUCUUUCGCUACUCGCCCUAUAUCCUGGACGACACCUACGCAUACUACUUUGCACACUACAACUUGGGAUUAAUCAUGAUGCAACUCGGACAGUUGGACGACGCAGAGUCGAAAUUCAAGUACCUCCUUUCGACCAUCAACCCGACGCUCCUGGGACUCCCUGCGCUUGCAGCCGGGAAGGACAGGAACUCAUUACAGGUCUUGGUCUUUGCCAAGGCCCACGCCGCAUUGUUCUUGCUCAACGAAGACCGCGCCAUCGCCGCCGCAAAGUCGGAGGCCGGAUCCCAAAAGGCCAGAUCAGGACGGUCAACGUCCUCCAUUGACUCGUCGGUCGUGAACUUGGACGCCGCCGUGACCAACCUCUCCGUCAUCUACAAACAGCAGCAACAACAACAACAACAACAACAACAACAACAACAACAACAACAACAACAACAACAUCAGCAACAUCAGCAACAGCAGCAACAACAGCAGAGGAAAAGGAGCCUAGGAUCUGGGUCGGUGAGCAGGACGGUGUCUGGGGGUUCAGGAGAGUAUGGGCCACCGACAAGGAGCACGGCCAAGUUGACAAGGGACUUCAAGGACUUUCCUACGAUCGAGGUCUACCACGAAGGGGAAUAUGUUUGA